AUGAAUCAUACCAAUCCGCAGAUGCAGCGCAUGUGGAGCCUGCGCUCCUCCAUUCUUGCAGGGUGGUGCAUUCCAACCCUCUUGCUGGCAGCCAUCCAGCUGACCUUCUCGUACAGCACCUAUAGCAGAGAGCAUGAGCUGACUUCCUUCGAAGAGGAGGAGCUCCUGUUUCUGUCAUUGAAUGUUCUGUUUCGGAGCUGGACCAUCAUCUACAUGUGUCGCCUGCAUGCUUCUGGAGUGCCGAUCCAUGCCAUCUCCAACUCCCUGGUGGGCGGCGCCACGCGUCAGAUCAUGAUCAUCACCAUGAUGAUUUUUGCAUCCUUUUGCUUUGCCUUCCUCAUCAUCGAUAGCAACAAGCAGAGUGGCUGGGUACUGACUUCCGCCUACCGAGGCCUGCUUUUCGGCUCGGGCAUGGGUCUCGAUAAUUUGGGCUUGGACGUCGGCCCAGCCUUUGAUGACAACGACCCGAUAAUGACAGAGGUGAGUGUGAUUGGCUCAUCCUUCUUCUGCGUCAUCGUGAUGAACCUGAUUAUCGCUGUGUACAGCAGCGAGUACAACAGGGUGCAGGGGGACAUCCCCCAUCAUUUCCUGCAUUCGCGGACGAUCUACUGCCUCAUGUAUUUCCUCUCAGGGCAUACACUCCCUUGGAAGGGACAGCGUGUCAACCGCUGUCUCAUGGUAGGGGCAGCUGCCACUUGCAGUCUAUGCAUAGUCGCCCCCAUGUACUUUGCUGCCCCCUUUCUCACAGCGCUGGUCCUGGCUUUUGGAGAGGUCGCCAUUGUCGCGUCACUCUUGCAGUGUGAUUGGUUCAGCAUGGAGGGAGUAGCCUAUUCCAAAGAGGAGCACUUCCUCUGGAUAUGCUAUCGGUCCGAUGACAGCGCAGGAAACCUUGACGAUGGCGGCAUGACAGCUGAAAGCAUCUUAAAAGACAAGGUUCUGGACUUCCGGAACCAUGCGGAAAACUGUUGGACCGGGCUGCAAAGCAAGACGACCAGUGUAGGCCUGAAGCUGGACCAGCUGUUUGAGCUUCUCCACUGA